CAUGGGCACAGGAUCAAGCCCUUAGAGAGCAACUUUUUAACUAGCUGGCUCUUGCUGAUUAAAACUAGGGGGAUGGCAUGUUGAAACCCUACAGGAAUUUGUGUGAUCCCGUACUUGCAGCUUUAGUACAGACACUGCAACUUCCUCCAACUGUGAGGCCUUUUGGGAGCUAACCAACAGCACAGGAAGUGUCAUUUCUUGAGCAAACAGCAGUCAGUGUCUUUCGACAACAAUGGAGCAAACAACAAUGGAGCAAGAGCUGCAGAUCGGAAAUGAAAGCCGUCUGAAUUAUGGAAAUGAAUGUCUCCUUUCUUCCUCUGUUGCACAAGAUGCCCCUGCUCCUUUUUCUUUGCCCCAUGAACAACCCUCUACGCCCCCCUUGGAGCUGAUGGACAGGGCGACUGAAGAUGAAGGGGAAGAUUCAGGAGACUACGGAAUCAAAGGUUUACCUCCCCCAGCUGAUCAGCUGCCCAAAGGAGAGCACAGUGAUUCCAUUCCACCUCAGACAGAGUGGAGCAUUCUAGCUAUUUCUGAUCAUGUAGCCAGAGAAGCCUUAGUACAGUACAUAGCCAAUAAGUGCUGCUAUCGGAUUGCCCCUGCAAAACGUAUGGUGGUCCAGAACCUGACUCCGCUCAACACUUUCAGAUAUCGUCUGCAAACCUUCACUGAAACCAGAGAAACAUUCCCGAUCAGCGAGCCUUAUAAUGGUGGAUUUGUGGACUCUUCUGAUGUUGUGCCAGCACCUGCCCCGUGGGCAAUAGUAGUGGAUGCACCUCCUCUGUUUACGGACUGUGAAAUGCACAUUCCAGUGCCGCACACAUAUUCAGUACAGGAUUGUCCUAAUUGCCAAGGACAUGGUAAGAAUCAGUGCCACUUGUGUAGUGGAUCUGGAAAGAGAAGAUGUACAGCUUGUAAUGGGACUGGCUGGCAAGACUCAUCCAAUCAGAGUUGUUUAUUUUGCUCAGGUUCAGGAAAGAGACGUUGCUCAGACUGUCAUGGUGGCGGUUGGCAGAAAUGCAUCCGUUGCUCUGGAAAAGGCCUCUUGCUAUAUCAUUCUGAACUUACAAUCACUUGGAAGAACAGCGUGGCUGAAUAUGUUGUUGACAAGAAUUUUGGGUUUCCUAUUUAUCACCUGCAGGAAGUCACUGGGAAGGAAAUAUUUAGCGAUGAAAAUCAAGUGGUGUAUCCUAUAGUGAAUUUCCCUGAGCCAGCCAUUGAUAGGGGUUCAGAAUCAUGCAUUGCACAACACCAAAUGCAGUUUGCCUCCAAUAGUCGUAUAUUGAGACAGAAACAAACCAUUGAGCUGAUUCCACUCACCAAGGUGGAGUAUGAAUGGAGAGGAAAAGUCUAUUCCUUCUGUGUCUUUGGAAAUGAGAAUAAAGUGUAUACAGAGGACUACCCAGCAAAGUGCUGCUGUUCAGUCAUGUGAUUCACAGAUAGGUCAGAAGUUCUGCUAAGAAACACACCAUCGGGCAGCACAGCACAGCGCAGCUGGAAUUAUUUAUUCUCUUUAAUAAACUGAGCAACUCCUUCCUUUCCAACUUUCACUGGACAGCAGAUCUAAAGAUCUUCACUCCCAGCAUUAUCACAGAGGGUGAUGGGUGUCUCUUUAUCGGUGCAGUAAUGAUUUACGUGGGUCAUACAGUGCUUAAAUUAACCAGCAGAACACUUCUCUCGUGCACCCCUCGCCAUUCGCUCUAUGUUUAUGGAGACGAAUAAAUCGUGAUAAUGAAAACUAAACAUUGCGAGCAUAUUAUAUGACAGAUUUGAAUUCCAAGCUUUUGGUUUUGUUCUCCAUAGCUUUACAUUGAGAUAUUUAGCUUGCUAACUGUAUCCUUUAAAUUCCUAUGUGUGAAAUGCAUAUUCUAAAUGAUGGAAAUGUAAGCAGCUUCAGGUAGCUCUCUUACAGAGUUUGAAAUGAAGGACUGUGAUCUGUCAUUUUGCAAAUACACUAGUACUCUGCAAUAGCUCUCAGGGUCAGGAGCAACAGAUGUGUGUUCCUUAUCCAUUGAUAAGGACCUUCACAAGAAAGUGGGGGAAGAGAUUGGUUCAGAGAGGGAUAGGUAGUGAUGUUAGCACAUGUCCAUGUGUAACGUACACAAGGGGAAUCUGGGUCUUUGUCUCCCUCAUCGUGACUGAGCCACACAACAGCCACGAGUCUGCUUUGAACUGCUGGAGCUACUUCUCU